AUGCAUCAGUCUGCGCUGUACGACUUUGGUGAAUUGUUGAUGAAGAACCAAAAUCGGCCAGUGCAGACCAUGAACGGGGCCCUGAGCUCCUUGGCUCCUGUGGGCGCAGGCGGAGUGACAGGUGGCGUCAGCUGGGAGCAGCAUCCAGUAUUGGCCCGCGCUGCUUCCGUGCCUGCACACCGUGCCCUCGUCGGUCUCCUUGACCGCCUAGGCCAUCGGCGGCUCGAGCGUACCACAAGUGAACCUGCACCUCCACCACCCGCCACCAGUAGAUACAAGACCGAACUGUGCAGGCCCUUCGAAGAAGCCGGUGUUUGCAAAUAUGGCGACAAGUGCCAAUUCGCGCACGGAAUACGUGAACUGCGCAACCUACAGCGCCAUCCCAAGUAUAAGACGGAGUUGUGCCGCACUUUCCACUCUGUCGGUUUCUGUCCUUAUGGACCCCGUUGCCAUUUUGUACACAACGCGGAGGAAGCACGACGUCGUGAACCAUCAUCUCCUGGAGGUUCUUUAGCAUCCCUUUCAUCUGGUGGUUCGAUGGCUUCAUACAUGAGUGAUGGAUCACGCUCUCCGCGCUCUCCGCACUCUCCGCACUCACCGAUAGCACCGCAGUCUCCACUGGCGCCGCACUCGCCUCCUGCGAUGUCGCCACCUGCGCAAGCUACUGCCUUCGCUUUCCGCCGCACGCACUCACCCGACCCAGAAGAAGAACGACUCCCUGUAUUCAACCGUCUGUCGUCCGCAUUCGGCGACCUCGUCAUCGCCUAG